UUUUUAACCAUAUGCAGGUUAAUAGCGGAAGGAUGAAGCAAUCUAACGAAUGACGUCGUCAUGUUUAUUCAUCGACGGGAAGGAUUUUCUAACUUUGUUUCCUUUUCUUUGGGACAUGUUGCGCCAGAUUGCUCUAUGUAACCGCGCCGCUAUUGUUCUUCCUCACUUCUCACUCUGUUCACUGCAUUGACGACACGCUUUGGUGGAUUGAUUUUUUUCUUUUUCUUAAGUAUUUAUGUGUUAUUCCUACUGAACUCGCAAAAAAAACAACAACAAAGCGGUAAAUAAUGUCAAAGAAAGCUUGUUGCGUACUGAAACAUGUGAGCGCGGCCGUCACGGCGCUGCUGCUGUUCGGCUUCAUCUCGUCUCUCAGAGCAGAAACUCCUCCAUCCUGUCAUGGGGCUUACGACCUUUACUUCGUGCUGGACAGGUCAGGAAGUGUCGCACAAGAUUGGGUACAGAUCUAUGAGUUUGUACACAACCUUGUAGAACGAUUUGUGAGCCCCAAUAUGAAGGUGUCUUUUAUUGUUUUCUCGACGAAAGCAAGCGUAAUUUUGCCUCUCACUGGACAAAGAGCAAAGAUAGAUGAAGGUCUACAGAAACUAAAAGAUGUAAAACCUGCAGGUGAUACAUACAUGCAUGAAGGAAUUAUACAGGCAAAUGAGCAGAUGAAAACGCAAACCACAAAGUCUUCAAGCAUCAUAAUUGCAUUGACAGAUGGCAAGCUUCAACCAUAUGUCCUUGAUCUUACUAAAACAGAGGCAGAUAAAUCAAGAGAGUAUGGAGCUCGCGUAUAUUGCGUUGGAGUUAAGGACUUUGACAAAGAUCAGCUGGCUGUUGUCGCGGAUAGUAUUAAUCAAGUCUUCCCUGUGGAAGACGGCUUCCAGGCUCUUAAAGGAAUAGUUAAUUCGAUCCUGAAGCAGUCAUGCACAGAGAUCUUAUCAAUAGAUCCGUCCAGUGUCUGUGUGAAUCAGUCUUUCGAAGUGGUCCUCCGGGGGAAUGGAUUUUUGCAAGGAAGAGACAAAGAUGUCUCAUGCAGCUUCGUGCUGGACGGUAAGACUUUCGAUAAAAAAGCAACCUCAGUGAUGAAUGACUAUGUGCUGUGUCCUGCUCCAGAGCUCGAGUAUGCUGGACAACAAAUGGAAGUUGUGAUUUUGUAUCGAGACAAGCCUUUGGUUAUAAGUCCCUUCACCAUCACUGCAUCAUCCUGCUCGGAUGGUUCGAUCGUAGCCAUUAUAUUCCUGGUCCUGCUGCUCCUUGUUGCUCUGGCUCUUAUGUGGUGGUUCUGGCCUCUCUGCUGCACCGUGGUUAUUAAAGACCCGCCUCCUCAAACACCUCCUCCUCCUCCACCACCUCAACCGGAGGAAAGCCCACUUGCUAAGAAGAAAUGGCCAACCGUGGAUGCCUCGUAUUACGGAGGAAGAGGAGCUGGGGGUAUCAAACGCAUGGAGGUUCGCUGGGGUGAGAAAGGCUCGACGGAGGAGGGGGCGAGACUGGAGAUGGCCAAGAAUGCAGUGGUUUCAAUACCGGAAGAGGUGGAACAGCCGACGAUCAAAAAGCCCAAACCGGCUGCUCCUGUGUACCAUCACUCUGAAACUAAAUGGUACACUCCAAUCACGGGUCGUCUGGAUGCGCUAUGGGCUCUACUGCGGAGACAAUAUGACCGAGUUUCCCUCAUGCGACCCACUUCUUCCGAUGAGGGACGCUGUAUGAAUUUCAAUCGUGUCCCUCAUCACUAGACAGCCUCUCAUCAUCAAAACAUGCAUGGAUCAAGGAAAUAUGAGAGCGGGAAAAGCGAAACAAAAGAAAUUAAUUCCAGGUUUUUUUCUUAGUGUUUGUUUGCUUGUUUGUUUUGAGACAGUAUGCUUUGUCCAUUAGCCAUGUGUUACAGCUCGUAUUAGGUUAAGGAUCUUUAAUUUGAUCAUAUUGGCCAUCUCAUUACAUCUGAGAUGUUUCCUUUCAUACGUGUUUUCUUUCCAAAAAGCUUAACUUGUGAUUUUCCUAAGCUCAAUUUUAGAUAAAUUAAAUACAACAGUUGUGGGGGGGAGCAGAUAUGAAAAGUGAUUUUCAUACACACCAAGGGCAUAACAUAUUCUGACCAUAUUGUGCCUUAUGUGGGGACAAAAAAUUUUUUUUAGAGGCUACUUUGGAGGGUGAAAUAAAAAGAGGAGGUCUGUUUGCCGUUGGAGUCAAUAAUCCCAGUAGGCUUGGUGAGUGCAGAAAGUCCAGCGCCUCUUGGCAAUGUCUCACCACAAAGCUUCUCCAGCAUUGCCCAGUGCCUAGCGGGACCUCUGUGACUGCCGAUCCUGUCAUUUUAACACUGAGAAGUGCACACGCAUGACAAACUGUAGACAGAACGCCCUAAGGUCCUGGACGCGCUAAGAUUUUGCCCUUUCGUUUUUUGUGGAGACACCUUUCCAUCAUCGUGCACUCGGGAGCGGAGAGAUCACCAGUGCAUUAUUUUACCACUAGACAUAAAAUGACCGGAUGACCAAAUCAGCUACUUUUGUGGGACUUUAAGAGCCUUGUGCGGUUUUUUUGCACUUUUUUGUUACUUGUACAUUAAUUAUUAGGAUUUAUAAAUGCACCUUCUUUUUAAGUUACAGAUAUUAAUAUACAGUAGUUAUAGAUGUUGUUCCACUGACCAACCAGCAGUAACCAACUUAAUUAAAUAAUUGAAAGCAUGAGCAAGCAGGAUCUUUUUUAUGCUUUUUGACACGGACUAACCCAUUAUUCUAUCUGCAUCAAUUAGAAUUAAAAGAUCCAUCAUGCGAAGCCCAAAAUGCAAAUUUCAGAAGAACGAGUAUUGUUCAUUUCCAGAUAUCAUCCUCAUCACACACACAUGCGCUAGCAAUAUAUAUUAUUUGUACAUUCGUCCAAUGCGCUGUCAUGACGCCGUUCAGGAAAUGAUGCCAGUAUGGAUAGAAAUGCCAUCGGGGAAAGAGGGCAGCAGCUGAGGGGAAAAAAAAGGCUCGAACGAUCCAGUCACUUUGGAUGCGCUACUUCAGAUGCAGAAUGGAUAUUCGAGUGGAAAUCUGACAAAGCGCGCCAGCUUUGAUGGGAAACUGUAUAGACAAUGACCAGUGGCUGGGUCAGUGGGAUGUCUCGAUGCAAGCAGGGAAGCUUAUCAAAUGACACUAAAAAUAAGUUCAACAACCAUCAAGUUUGAGGGGGGAACGGAAAAGGGGUGCACACGCUCCUAUUCGGUGAGCAGGCGAGAGCUCGUAGACAGUAGGGGCAUUGCCGAAGCACACCGCUCUAAUUAUUCCUUUGUUGUCUUUAUUUGAAACGUAAAAGCCAAGAUUUUCUCCUCAGGCUGCGAACCAAAAAAAAUUAAAAAAAAAAUCUUGAAAUAAAAAAAAGAAAAGAAAGAAAGAAAAAAGAAAAGGUUUUUGCAUAUUUGGAAUAAACUCAUCCGUUUUGGCCAUCAUGAACAAAAAUGUUUUUCCUUUUCUCAUUUUGUCUUAUGUCACAGAUUCUUGAGCUGUUAUUUAUCCUAAUUAGAUAUUUACACACUGCACUAACACAGCUUAUUGUAAUACUUUCUCAGCAUACUAGUUAGCAUCACAAUUCAGUUUCGGUCUCUCCAGUGCACUAUUGUGGAGAGUUUUUAAAAAAAAAUUAUUUGUAUUAUUUUUUUUAAAUCAUUUUAUAUUUAUAUGUUUUAUAAUCACAUUGAGUCUGUGUUAUUGUAAGUGUGCACAAUAAUGUACUUUCACAAGGAGUUGGGGCUUCACUUAGACUGAAAUGCCAAUUCCUGUUUUGCACCUUUUUUUACUAAAUAAAAAAAAAAAAUCCGUGUGUAUGCUUUUCACUAAACAACACCAUUAGCAUGAAAUUUUUUAUUUAUUUAUUAUUAUUAUUAUUAUUAUUAUUAGUGAAUUGCAGAGCACAUGGUAAAAGCAAUAUUAGAAUAAUAACAAACAGCAAAUAUGAAAUAUUUGAAUUUAAAUCAUCAGUGAAUUACAAAUGCUGAAAUUUACUAAUUAACAAAAGGAUGCACUAUUCUGUUACCUUCUUUUACGUUUUUGAUGAAUUUAAAUGUAUGAUAAUGCUGUGAUUUUAACCAGUGAAUGUGUCAUUUAAUUGGCAUAAAAAAAAAUAAAAGGGGUAUAUUUUCAGGAAUUAUUUAUUUACCAAUAUUUGUGUUAUAUUUACCAACCAAAUUUCAUGUAGGUCCAUGCUCCAACCUUACAUGAACUUCAUUUAUGUAUUUUCUUAUGUCCUUUUUGUUAAUAUUUAAUAUUGCUAAUGUCACUCAUGAAUAUUGAAAAUGUGAACGAUGGGUAAAAACAUGUUCUUCAGGUGAUGCCCCGCAGAGGGCAUUAUUUGUGUGUGUAAGUAGACCGAUAUAAGUUUAUACAUUUCAAGAGUAUUUACAGAUAUAGUACUAUGUUUCACGUUUGUUAAAACAUCCUGUAUUCGCAAAACCUUGCUAUGCAUUUUUAAUGUAAUCCAUCUUCAUGGAGCUUCGCUAACCAUUUAAUUUGCAUUAUUGUUCUGUCCAUUUGUAUGAAAUAAAUGUAGCUAUAUUU